AUGUCAUACCGAGGCAGAGGUAACCCAAGCUACUACGGCAACCAAGAUCGUGUUUAUUACAACCGUGAGUACGAUGACUACAAUAGUCAACCAUCUACCAGUCGGGGCCGUGGCCGCGGUAGAGGUAACAGAAGAGGUGGUAGGAAUAAUAACAAUAAUAGUUAUCCACACCAAAAUAAUAAGAAUAAUAAUAAUGACAAACGAAAUGAUGAGAAUACUAAGAGUGACAAACCUGAAAUUAACAAUGUACCGGAACCAAAACACCUUUCUAAAACUAGUUCCGAGUUGACGAAUGAUCCGCUUUAUGAAGAAAGCUUUUUUAAAGAGUUCGGCUCCUCGUUAAGGAGAGAUGUUGAUGACCCUAAAAUACAUAGUGGCACAACCGGACUUAAAUACAUAAUUGAGAAUUUAUACAAAAUAUUCGUCACUAAGGCUGCGGGCUUUGCAAAACGUAUGCCAGAAAGCGCCCUUGCCGAUUAUUGUGCAAUCUUGACAACCCAACGUUUACUAAAAAUACAUAUUGAAAAUAGUUUUGACGCUAACUACGAGACAACCAAAUUUGUGCGAGAUAUCGACAAUGCAAAAUACUUUUACCCUAAGACAUUGUCUAGAUACUUAUCUGGUUUUGGUAAUACCAGAAUAGUUGGUGGAAGAAGUCUUAAAUUUUACUAUCCACCUGCUGUCGCACGUAAAGUAACUGUUGAUGAUUUGAGAUGGUGGGGUCGAGUUAACGAUCAGACCCAUCAUUUAUAUUUGAACUAUCCUUGUACGGCAGUUUAUUAUAGCCGUGUUGUACAUGAUUAUGUCGGUCGACAACAAUUUGUCGAAGCAGAAGGAGAAGAAGAAGAGGAAGAAGAUGCUGACGAAGACUUGGAUUUGCCAGCUCGAAUACGACCACUUCAGUGGGACAGAAGCUCACCUAAUGUGAAUUUACAAGGUUGGAAGUCUAGAACGCAUUUAACCAAUAUUCAGCGUGGUUUCCUCGAUACUGCAGAUUUUGAUCCUCGUGAAUCACCUCGAGGGCUAGAGUGGAAUUACAAUCCCUCUUGGAUAAAUGCAGUUUCGAUUGAAUUAGAAAACUUAAACUUUAUAGAAGCUGGAACGGUUGCUGAAUCCAGUGGCGGUUCGCAAGGUCAGACGACCUUUGCUUUUCCAUACAGCGAUGACGAGUUACCAGUUAGUACUGGUGACUUUAUAGGGAAGUCGAAUUUGGACGUUUCUGGUCCUAUCGCCAAUUUAGGCGUUAAACAUUUAUAUAGAGUAAAAUACGAUGAAGAUUUGAGAAAUUGGAGUAUCUAUUGGGAAAAUCGAUCAUUUGAUCAUGUCCCUGCGGCCUGGUCCGCUACAGUUAAUACUUGGCGUGACGCAGAGUAUCCCGAAUUAACGACGGGUCGUUACAGUAUUGAACUGUUCGAUCCUAGAGAGUUUGCACGCUUAGUAGUCGAGCGUAACAACCGUAAAGUAAAGAAAUAA